AUGAAGUUUAUUUGCAAACUUUCAUAGCAUAAGAAUAAAUUUUUUCAAACCAACAUUUAUCGAAAUGGUUUCGCUCACACCCUUUCAAAGAAGAUAUAUAAAUAUAAUUGCGAUAUUGCAACUCAUUUUUUUCUAAAGUUCACAACAAAUAUAACUAUUCGUGGAGUUUUAUGCUAUGCAGAGUCAGUUGAUUAAUUUUAAGAAAACUGUAUUGGAAAUGAUAUACACAGAGAUAUUGUGCUGUUGAAUCCUUUUGAUGAGACAAAGACAAAUGAUUUAUUGAGUUAUAUUCAAGACUAUAACGUUUACGCUCUUAUCAUUGGAAGUACAACUCAAGUUGAUUCUGGCGGCUAUUAUUACAAGCCUGCUAUCAUCUCAUUAGUUCAUCCAAAUAUGAUGGAGGAAUUAAGAACAUACUCAAUAUCCUAUGGUUAAGAUCUUAUUGCUGAGGUUAAGCACUAAUAUCUGACUAAUUGCUAGGCUUUGAACAAUGUCUAGAUGUAUUUCUUUGGCUUGUGUACACUUUAUGGACUAAUCAUUUUAAUGUGGAAUAUGUCAAUCUUAUUUAUCUAUAAUGAUCAGCAGAAUACACUUUAGAAAGCACUUCUGAUUAUUCCUAUUUUCAAGCUCUUGAGGCUAUCUAUCUAUACUUUUUACAUUGGUGAGUGCCCGUGGACAGACUAAUUAACAGGCAGAUAUCUCAUGAUGGCACUAGUCACUGUUUCAACCAUUUAUCAAACAGUGUUUAUGGCUAUUUUGCUUCUCAUAAGCAAAGGAUGGCUUCUAACUCGCUAAAGUCUUUCUAGAUCAUAAGCUACUCUUACAACUGUGCUUAUGGGUUUUGUUUAUUUAUCUUAUAGUGCCUAUUAUGUUUCUCAAAAUGUUGCUGAAAUCAAGAAUCUAGUGACUAUCAUCAUCAAUAUUCUUUACUUCUGCUUGUAUGUUUAUAUUGUAAGAAAUACUCUCAUUGUGUUGGUAAACUUAAGAUCGCAUCUAAAUGUUUUGAGAACAAAUAAUAUUGGAAAUCUACAAGAGACACUGAUUUUAAAAAUCUCAAUAAUGAGAUAUUUCGCAUUUAUUGCCACUGCUUACUUUUCAUUUGAGAUUGUAGCUCACGGUAUUCUACCUUACUAUCUCCUAAGUGAUGGAUUCGACAGUCUUACAACGAUAUUAUACUAGAUAAUUGAUUUAAUAAUAUUAUCAUGCCUACUCUGGACUCUAAGACCGAGAUAAUGGCCUGAAUAUUUCAAUCUAGGGAUCCUAGAAGAUUUUGGAUUCAGUUAUUAACAUAAUGAUAAUCAAUAAUCAAUUCAACUUGCUCCAAUGAGAGAGGCUUUGAUAGAUAGGGAUCUAUAAAGUCUAAAUACGAGUGAUCCAAAUCAUAGUUUUAGAUCAGAUCAGCAAAUAUUGAUCUAUAACCCAUUAUUUGUUGACAGCUUUGAAGAUAAUGAUAAAAUCAUUAAUUUGGAAUCGAAUUGCGGAUAUUAAGUUCUUUAAGAUGAAGAGGAGGUCAAAUAAUCCUAGAGGACAGCUCUAAGUUAAAAGAUACUCAGAUCAUUAAAGUUAGGUACCAAAGAAAAAGGUAAAUCUUUUAAUAAGAAAUUAAAAGCAAGCUGA